GAGCAGCGGUGACGUCAAGGGGCGCGCGGUGGCAGCACCUCCCCGCGCGCUAGUUAAAAAGAAGAAGAAAAGAGGGAACGAAACAUGAGAGGCUGCGUGAGAAGCUGCAGCCGCCGGCAGAGGAGACCUCAGCAUCAUCUAGAGCCCAGCGCCGGCCCUGCCUUCGCCUGCCCCGCCGCCGCCGGUUCUGUCGCUGCUACUGUCUCACCUACACAACUCCCGUUACACGGACAAGCGAAGCUCUGUGGCCGGCUUCUCCUCCUCUUCUUCCAACUCCUUCUCCUCCUCCCACUGCCCCGCCGCGGCAGAGAGCCCCUAACCCCACUGACACUGGCACCGCUGUCCACGGUGUCAUCCGCACCACGUCCUCUCGCUCCUCGGGCUCCCCCAAGGCACUGGACCCAUCGCCUCGCCUUUCAUUUUUUUUGCAAAGUUGCAUCGCCCCCGCCACCUCCCUCGGCCUCCAGAGUGUCCCGCCGCCCCGCAGCCUCCUCCCGGAGCUGCGUCCUAGUGCCCCUGCUGGGCGGUGGCGUUCCCCCCGCAUUCGCCCGCGCCCAGCCCCGGCCGCUCCGGGCAGACGAUGCUGAAGAUGCUCUCAUUUAAGCUGCUGCUGCUGGCCGUGGCUCUGGGCUUCUUCGAAGGAGAUGCUAAGUUUGGGGAAAGAAGCGAAGCGAGCGGAGUGCGGAGGAGAAGGUGCCUGAACGGGAACCCCCCGAAACGCCUGAAAAGGAGAGACAGGCGCAUGAUGUCCCAGCAGGAGCUGCUGAGCGGGGGAGAGAUGCUGUGCGGUGGCUUCUACCCUCGGCUCUCCUGCUGCCUGCGGAGUGACAGCCCGGGGCUGGGGCGCCUGGAUCACAAGAUAUUUUCUGUGAACAACAACACCGAAUGUGGGAAGUUACUGGAGGAAAUCAAAUGUGCGCUUUGCUCUCCAUAUUCUCAGAACCUGUUCCACUCACCUGAGAGGGAAGCCUUGGACAGAGACCUAGUCCUCCCCCUGCUCUGCAAAGACUAUUGCAAAGAAUUCUUUUACACUUGCCGAGGCCACAUUCCAGGUUUCCUUCAAACUACUGCUGAGGAGUUUUGCUUUUACUAUGCAAAAAAAGAUGGUGGGUUGUGCUUUCCAGAUUUUCCAAGAAAACAAAUCAGAGGACCAGCGUCUAACUACUUGGACCAGAUGGAAGAAUAUGACAAAGUGGAGGAGAUCAGCAGAAAGCACAAGCACAACUGCUUCUGCAUUCAGGAGGUUGUGAGUGGGCUGCGUCAGCCGGUCAGCGCCCUCCACAGUGGGGACGGCUCCCACCGGCUCUUCAUCCUGGAAAAGGAAGGUUACGUGAAGAUACUCACCCCCGAAGGAGACAUUUUCAAGGAGCCUUAUUUGGACAUUCACAAACUUGUUCAAAGUGGAAUAAAGGGAGGAGAUGAAAGAGGACUGCUAAGCCUUGCAUUCCACCCCAAUUACAAGAAAAACGGAAAGCUGUAUGUGUCUUACACCACCAACCAAGAACGCUGGGCUAUGGGGCCGCACGACCACAUUCUUCGAGUUGUGGAAUACACAGUGUCCAGGAAAAACCCCCAUCAGGUGGAUCUGAGAACCGCCCGGGUCUUUCUCGAGGUUGCAGAGCUGCACAGGAAGCACCUGGGGGGACAGCUGCUCUUCGGCCCCCACGGCUUGCUGUACGUCAUUCUCGGCGAUGGGAUGAUCACACUGGAUGAUAUGGAAGAAAUGGAUGGGUUAAGUGACUUCACGGGUUCUGUCCUCCGGCUGGACGUGGACACAGACAUGUGCAACGUGCCUUAUUCCAUCCCCAGGAGCAACCCGCACUUCAACAGCACCAACCAGCCCCCCGAAGUGUUUGCCCACGGCCUCCACGAUCCAGGCAGAUGUGCCGUGGAUCGACAUCCCACAGACAUCAACAUCAAUUUAACAAUACUCUGUUCAGACUCCAAUGGAAAGAACAGGUCAUCAGCCAGAAUCCUACAGAUAAUAAAGGGGAAAGAUUAUGAAAGUGAGCCAUCACUUUUAGAAUUCAAGCUAUUUAGCAGUGGUCCUUUGGUUGGCGGGUUUGUUUACCGAGGCUGCCAGUCGGAAAGGCUGUAUGGAAGCUACGUGUUUGGAGACCGUGAUGGGAAUUUCUUAACUCUACAGCAAAGCCCCGGGACCAAGCAAUGGCAGGAAAAACCACUCUGUCUCGGCAAUGGCGGUUCCUGUCGAGGCUACUUUUCAGGCCACAUAUUGGGAUUUGGAGAAGAUGAAUUAGGGGAAAUUUACAUUCUAUCAAGUAGCAAAAGUAUGACCCAGACUCACAAUGGAAAACUCUACAAAAUUAUAGAUCCCAAAAGACCUCUAGUGCCCGAGGAGUGCCGAGCAGUGGUCCAACCGGCCCAGAUGCUGACUUCCGAAUGCUCCCGGCUCUGUCGGAACGGCUACUGUACCCCCACGGGGGUGUGCUGCUGCAGCCCAGGAUGGGAGGGCGACUUCUGCAGAAUCGCAAAAUGUGAGCCAGCCUGUCGUCAUGGAGGUGUCUGUGUUCGACCCAACAAGUGCCUCUGUAAGAAAGGAUACCUUGGUCCUCAGUGUGAACAAGUGGACAGAAACAUCCGCAGAGUGACCAGGGCAGGUAUUCUUGAUCAGAUCAUUGACAUGACAUCUUAUUUGCUGGAUCUAACAAGUUACAUUGUAUAGUUUCUGGGACUGUUUGACUAUUCCUUUCCAAUGGGCAUUUAUUUUUUAUCCUGUCAUUAAAAAGAAAGACUGUUAUCCUGCUACACACUCCUGUGAUUUCAUUUACUUUUUAUUAAUUUAAAAAUAGUUUCCAGAAAUGUGCAGAUUCUGUGUGUGUAUGUUGGCACGUUUGUUCACAUACGCACGUACACACACUCACAACCUCUAUAUGUAUGGUUGCAUAACAGAUGGGUUUUAAAAAUAUAUAUAUUUCCUUGUGUGGAGUAAUUUACACAGAAAUUCCAUUGUAAAUUGAUAACGGGAUUUUUUAUAUUACCAGAAGAGAUUAUUUGACUUCCCAGGAAUUUUCUGUCUGUAAUAACUAAAGUCAACUUUAAUGGAGUUUUGAACCAUUACUGUGCAAUCUGAUGGAUCUAAUAAAAAAGGCAAUAUUUUUAUAUUAAAGGACUAUAAUGUGAGAAUGUUUCAGAACUCCCUGAUGAAUUUCUAAAUGGGCAACUUGAUUUAAAACUGUAAUCUUCAUUUUCAUCAUUGUAUCCAAUUACAGAAUGUUAUGCACUUACCUUUUUAUUGGCAGAGAAAUCUGGUUACUCUAGCUUAAUAUCAAGAUUGUUCUCAAGUGUUUUAUAAUUAAAUCAUAACAGCAUAUUCUAAAACCAA